UAUUUACUUACAUACCCUCCUAACACAAGCUAUAAGAAGACGGGACCUCUAACUCAGGCUACGAUAUACUUAGGUAUAGGUUCAGUACGCAAUAUCGAGUAUGCCGACAGAACAAGAAAAGCGUAGGGCUGCGUUAGCUUCGAGAGGCCGAGUUCCUAUGUUCCCCCCUCCGCCAGCCUCUCCGAGGGGUAACGGCGCACAAGCAUCUCCUAGCACAAGCGCGAGUAAAACCACCCCGAAAACAUCGGAAACACGAUCCGGUAGAACCGGCUCGCCUACAGGACAGCUUCAACAUGGCCAACCGCUUGAGGCCGCAUCCAUCCUCAGCCAUCCGCGACUGCAGCAGGUGACGGGUUUACACCCCAGGAAGUUGGGUUGGUGGAAAGGUGUCCAUCCUCCAAGAGACGAGCUAGAGCGGCUCAAAUGGGUUAUGAGUCUACCGGACACCUAUCCCAUCAAGCGGCCGAAAGGAAACUUCUAAUACCGCAAAUCACAAACGAAAAAAAAAAGGAAUAUCCAAGAAAAUCACUACUCAACAUAUAUUUCUGCUGAAUGCCAUUCUACACUCACCCCUAUACGCCGAGGUUGUGCUUUGAGGUAUCUAAAAGG